CAUAUAUAUAUACAUAUAUAAACACACAUAUCUUUAUAUCUUUUUCUUAAUCGAUCUAUUCAAUCAACUCUCAAAUAAAACCUAGUGAAGAUUCGUUACGUUCCGAUCCAGCGAAUUCGUGCUCGUGCGUUUGGAGGUUUUCAGUUGAAGAAAGAUAUACAAGUAUGAGUAUAGAGAGUCCUGGUGAAUAAAAGAAAUAAAUUUGUUUGAAAGAAUUUCCAUGGGAGAUGGAGGUGUUGCAUGUGUUGCUUCUUCGUUGCGGCUGGAGACAUUUCGUAGUAAUGAAGAUAAGAAAGUGGUGAUUAUGAAGAGCAAAAUGAAGUUUGCGAGUAGUAAUAGUAGUAGAAGAGAUAGGUUUAAUAGUUAUGAUAGUAAUAAUAAUGAUAAUUAUAGUAGUGAAGAUAAUGAUAAUGAGAAUUAUAUAGACGAAGAUGACGAUUUCGCUGCGAAUGGUAACGGGAACUGGCAUAGUAAUAUUAACAAUAAGGAUGAGGUUGAAGAAGGUGAAUUGGGUACAUGGGAUAUGGAAGAGGAGGAAUAUGUUUCUGAGAAAGCUUCUUCACAUAGGAGGUAUGAGAUUCGGAGUGAGGUAGAAAAGGGUGAGUUUUAUACCGAUAGGUGGCGGAAAGGGGACGUCGAAAAGGGAGAGUUUGUUCCUGGAAAGUGGCGGAAAGGAGAGUAUUCGAGUGGUAAUAAUAGGAGGAGGGAUUAUGAUGGGUCUGAAUACGGAGGUGGUAAAGAUGAGGUGGAGAAAGGUGAGUUUAUUCCGGAUAGAUGGCAGCAGGGCAAUCAGUAUAAUGCUAGUAAGAAGAAGGCUGCAAGGCGUAAACCGGAACAUGGCAGGACACCCUCUGCAAGUAAGUAUUUUGGUGAAAAAGAGACGGGCCACAGAAAUGGGAACCAGGGGUAUGUUACUAGUAGUAAGAAGGCUGCAAGGUGGGAAAGUAAUAAUAACAACAGUAGAGAAAGACCUGUGAGGGCUGUAUCAAAGAUUGUAGAUGAGGAUGGGAAUGAAUUCAGCAAUGGUAAAACUCAUGGAAGGGAAUUUCCGUUGGGGAAUCGUUUGAAACGGAAUAAUGUUCAUACUGAUAACAGUGACAGGAAAUACCAUGGUGAGUUUAAUGAUUACACACCGUAUAAAAGCAGGAGACUUUCUGAUGAUGGCAGCAGGGUGACGUACACCACGGAUCACUCUUACAAGAAUUCUGCUAAUGUUCGGAGUAUUGCAUCCGAAAGGUACUCCUCAAGGAACUGUGAGUCUCCAUUGUCUUCUCGGCCAGCUUAUGACAGGUAUAAUAGCAGUCCACGUCCUUCUGAACGGUCCCCACAUGAUCGGCCUCGCCAGAACGAGUAUCGUGAUCAUGACCACAGGAGCCCAGUUCGUCGUGAUAGGUCACCUUACGGUAGAAAUCGUCAUUAUGAUUACAGAAACCGGAGCCCUAGCUAUUCUGAACGAUCACCACACGAGCAAGCUCGUGGUUAUGACCGUAGGGAGCGAACUCCAAGUUUAACGGAAUCCUCACCACAUAAUCGUGGUAGGUCUAAUAAUUACCGGGAGGGGAAUCGAAAGACUGGGUCUAGUGAAAAAAGGAAGAGUCAUUAUGAGAGUAGAAGCCAAGAAGAGAAAGUGAAUCCUAGUGGAAAAGAGACACAAAUCUUGGCUAAAGAAUCUGAAAUACGAGUCGCUUCGGAUACUUGUGAUGGAUCUGUUGAAAAGAGUAGUUACAGAGAAGACUUGAAGCAUGUCCAGGAAGUCAAUGGAGCUGCUGCUGCUAAUGAGGAACUGCUUUCAAUGGAAGAAGACAUGGAUAUAUGUGAUACUCCGCCACAUGCUUCUGAAGCAGAGACAUCAGUGUCAACAAGUGGAAAAUGGUUUUACUUGGAUCAUCUGGGUGUGGAACAGGGACCAUCUAGAUUAUGUGACCUAAAGAUUCUUGUGGAGGAAGGUUUCCUUGUUUCAGAUCACUUGAUUAAACACCUGGACAGUCAAAGAUGGGUAACUGUUGAAAAUGCAGUUUCUCCUUUAGUGACGGCUAAUUUCCCUUGCAGCUUUGUUGACGGUGUCACUACUGAGCUGGCCAGUCCCCCAGAAGCUCCUGGAAAUUUGUUAGUAGAGGCGGGUGAGUUCCUUCCGACUAAUAAGGCAGUCGAAUUGGACAUUUCUUCAGAAACAGGUCAUGAUAUAGAGUCUCAAGAAGAUCUUCGAAUCGAUGAAAGAGUUAAAUCACUUUUUGAUGGUUUUCCCAGUAUUCCUGGCAGAGAACUUGAGACAGUAGCUGAAGUGCUAAAAAUGACAUUUGCCCAUGGUGAGCUACAAAGAGGGGAGUAUCCCGAAGGUGGCACAUUUUAUCAAAGUGUGGUUGGGGAUCAUGAUUGUCUGAAAAUGAUUGAUGACAUAUCUUGUCACCCCGAGUUUCCAUGGAACGAAGUUUCAGAUAUAAGGCCAACUGGAUCUGCACCUUCUGACAAGGAUUAUUCAUAUGAAUCUGAAGAUCUUGGUGACUGGUUUUCCAGUCAGUUGUCUUGCAAAGGUGGGGACUGGAAGAGGAUUGGUGAGGCUGCUCAGGAUGGAUUUGUGAAAAAGAAGUUUGUCCUUAAUGAUGGCUAUGCUCUCUGUCAGAUGCCAAAGUCUGGGCAUGAAGACCCUCGUAGGCAUCAAAAAGAUGAGUUGUAUCACUCGUCUCAUGGUAGACGACUAGAUCUUCCUUAUUGGGGUUUUAACCCAUCGGACGAGUCAACUGACUACAGGUCAAGUCAAACCAAAUAUUUUGGUUUAAGGGGAGUCAAAGGAAUGAUGCUUCCAGUGAUCAGGAUAAACACGUGCGUCGUUAAGGACCAUGGUUCAUUCGUAUCUGAACCUCGCACGAAAAGUAGAGGAAAGGAAAGAUACUCGACGAAGCCUAGUCAUCGUUACGGUUCGGCUAGUGAUUCUAAAAGAUCAUCUGAGGAAAGUGUAUCUCGAAGGAAAAGUACUAAUGAACAUGGCCAUCAACAUGUCUCCUCAAAGAGCAUCAUGCCCGUUAGUAUGCCAAAAGAUCAUCUUUCAACCAAAGAUGACCUGCAAUUACAUCUUGGUGAAUGGUUUUAUCUUGAUGGUGCUGGUCAUGAGCGGGGCCCAUUGUCAUCUUCGGAAAUUCAGGUCUUGGCUGAUCAAGGUAUCAUUCAGAAGCAUAGUAGUGUUUUCAGAAAAUUUGAUAAACUGUGGGUUCCGGUUACCUCUAUAUCAGAUGGAACAAAAUUGAUUGAUAAUGAGAACUCUAGUGGUGCAUCGGGAGCCUCAGGUUUGGAAACAACAGCUGUGGUACACAGUGGAACACAUGCAAGCUCUAGUCUCUUCAACAGUUUGCAUCCCCAGUUUAUUGGUUAUACUCGAGGAAAGCUUCAUGAAUUAAUAAUGAAAUCGUAUAAAAGUCGGGAGUUUGCUGCAGCCAUAAAUGAGGUUUUGGACCCAUGGAUCAACCUGAGACAGCCAAGGAAAGAAAUAGAGAAGAACAUGUAUAAUUCAGUCUUCACUAGCAAAUUCACAAGUUCAGAUCAAGCUAACAAAAGAGCCUGGAUUAUGGACGAUGGAGUCAAUGGGGACUACACAUUAGAUGAUGCAUCUGCCUUGGAAAAGCAUGAAGUUCCAUUUGAAGAUUUAUGCAGUGAUGCUACAUUUUUCAAAGAUAAAAGCAUGGGUUCUGUGACGGAGAAUGAAAACUGGGGACAAUUAGAUGGACAGGUGCUGGCAAGAGUUUUUCAUUUCCUUAGAACUGAUCUAAAAUCGCUUGUUUAUGCCAAUUCGACAUGUAAGCACUGGAGAUCUGUUGUAGCAUUCUACAAGGAUAUCUCUAGACAAGCUGACUUGUCUUCAGUCACAAAUUGCACGGACUCAAUCAUCCGCAACAUAAUGAAUGGAUAUAAUAAAGAGAAAGUUACUUCCUUAAUUCUACGUGGGUGCACGGAAAUAACUUCUAACAUGCUUGAAGAAAUUUUGAGAUUGCUACCUUGUAUAUCAUCAGUAGAUAUUAGAGGUUGCAGCCAAUUUGAAGAUUUGGCUCGUAUUUUUCCGAAUAUCAUAUGGGUCAAGACCCGGACUUUACAGUCAACAAUUAGGAAUCAUCAAUUGACUGACAGAAGAACUUAUGAUAGUCAUGUGGAAGAUUCCAGUGGGCUUAGAGAUUAUUUUGAAAGUCUGGAUAAGAGAGAUGCAUCAAAUCAGUUAUUUAGAAGAAGUUUGUACAAACGUUCUAAAGUUUUUGAUGCCAGAAAAUCAUCAUCUAUGCUAUCUAGAGAUGCUCAGUUGAGGCGUUUAGCAAUGAAGAACUCUGAAAAUGGUUACAAGAGGAUGAAAGAUUUCCUAGCUCUUGGUCUGAAGGACAUCAUGAAGGAGAAUACGUUUGAAUUCUUCAUUCCAAAAGUUGCUGAAAUUGAGAGUAAAAUAAGAAGUGGUUACUAUGCUGGUCGGGGUUUGGGCUCUGUAAAAGAUGAUAUCAGACGAAUGUGCCGGGAAGCGAUAAAGGUGAAAAAUAAGGGUGAUGCCAGAGAUAUGAAUCGGAUCAUCAACUUGUUUAUUCGCCUUGCCACAAGUUUAGAAGAUCGUUCUAAAUUUUCCAUCGAGAAAGAUGCGAUGAUGAAGAAUUGGAAAGAUGACUCGCCUCCAGGGUUCAGUUCCGCUUCCUCAAAGUCAAAGAAGGUCAAUAGAGAAAGAAAGUACACGGGUAGAAGUAGCGGGUCAUUUAUCAAUGGAGGUACUGAACCUGGAUAUUAUGCAUCUGAUCGCGAAAUUAAAAGGCGUCUAUCCAAGUUGAACAGAAAAGCCAUGGAUUCUGGAAGUGAUACAUCUGAUGAUCGUUCACGGUCUUCAGAAGAAACAGAGACAGAUAGUGAGAGUAGCUCCUCUGGUACAAAUAGUGACUUUGAAACUCGAUCAGAAAGCGGGCCAGGGGACUUGAGAAUGGAUGGUUGUGUCAGUCCAGAUGAUGGAUUCGAUUCCUGGACUGAUGAUCGUGAAUGGGGUGCUCGUAUGACAAAAGCGAGCCUUGUUCCCCCAGUUACUAGGAAAUAUGAAGUAAUUGAUCACUACGUUAUUGUAACAGACCAUGAAAGUGUGCAAAGGAAAAUGCAAGUUACAUUACCUGAAGACUAUUCUGAGAAGCUCAUUGCUCAAAAGAACGGAAAUGAGGAAUCUGACAUGGAUUUUCCUGAAGUAAAACAUUAUAAACCUAGAAAGCAACUUGGAGAUGAAGUGAUAGAACAGGAAGUUUAUGGCAUAGAUCCAUAUACCCAUAAUCUUCUGUUAGAUUCCAUGCCAGAGGAAUCCGAUUGGCAUCUUUUGGAUAAACAUGUGUUUAUUGAAGAUGUGCUCCUCCGUACCUUGAAUAAGCAAGUCAGAUCAUUCACGGGCACUGGUAAUACCCCUAUGAAAUAUCCAUUGAAGCAAGUUCUCGAGGAUAUUCUUAAAAAUGCAAAAGAAGACCAAGACACACGAACAUCAGAACUUUGUCAGUAUAUGCUGAAGGCUAUGAGUAGCCGUCCUGAUGACAAUUAUGUUGCUUAUAGAAAGGGGCUUGGUGUUGUCUGUAACAAAGAAGCUGGUUUUAGUGAGGAUGAUUUUGUUGUGGAGUUCUUAGGAGAGGUUUAUCCUGCUUGGAGGUGGUUUGAGAAACAAGAUGGUAUUCGUGCUUUGCAAAAAGACAGUAAAGAACCGGCACCAGAGUUCUAUAACAUCUAUCUUGAGAGGCCAAAGGGAGAUGGAGAUGGUUAUGACUUGGUGGUUGUUGAUGCAAUGCAUAAAGCCAACUAUGCUAGCCGGAUAUGUCAUUCCUGUAGACCAAACUGUGAAGCAAAAGUUACUGCUGUUGACGGUCAGUAUCAAAUUGGGAUAUAUAGCGUACGCCCUAUCGUAUAUGGAGAAGAAGUUACUUUCGAUUAUAACUCUGUUACAGAGAGUAAGGAAGAAUACGAGGCAUCUGUUUGUUUAUGUGGCAGCCAAGUUUGCCGUGGGAGCUUUCUAAAUUUGACUGGUGAAGGGGCUUUCCAGAAAGUCCUCAAAGAAUCCCAUGGAAUUCUUAAUCGACAUCAGAUGAUGCUAGAGGCAUGUGAAUUAAAUUCUGUAUCAGAGGAAGACUAUAUUGAACUGAGCAAAGCAGGACUUGGUAGUUGUUUGCUUAGUGGGCUUCCUGAUUGGCUUAUUGCGUAUUCUGCUCGUGUGGUAAGGUUCAUUCAUUUUGAAAGAACUAAGCUUCCAGAAGUGAUUCUAACUCAUAAUUUGGAAGAGAAGAAGAAAUACUUUACAGAUAUAUGCAUGGAUACUGAGAGAAACGAGGCUGAAAUCCAGGCUGAGGGUGUAUUCAAUCAACGGAUUCAGAAUUUGGCUCUUACACUGGACAAGGUGAGAUAUGUGAUGAAAAACAUUUUUGGAGAUCCAAAGAGAGCUCCACCAUUGUUAGAGAAGCUUACUCCCAAAGAAGUGGCUUCUUACCUUUGGAAAGGUGAGGGAUCAGUUGUUGAUGAACUUAUUCAAUGCAUCACACCUCAUCUUGAAGAUGGACACCUGGAUGAACUGAGGUCCAGCAUUCGUGCUCAUGAUCCAUCUUCUUCUGACGAUACGCAAGUGGCCCUUCGAAAAUCUUUGCUAUGGUUGCGGGAUGAGGUCCGAAACCUUCAGUGUUCAUUAAAAUGUCGACAUGAUGCUGCUGCUGACUUGAUACACAUUUAUGCUCACACAAAGCACUUUUUUAGGGUGAAGGAGUAUAAGACGAUAGUAUCCCCGCCUGUUUAUAUUAGUCCUCUUGACCUCGGACCAAAGUCUGCUGAGAAAUUAGGACCAGGAUUACAUGAAUACCGCAAAACAUAUGCUAAGAACUACUGUUUAGGGCAGCUGAUCUUUUGGCAUAACCAAGCUUAUGCAGAGCCAGAUUUUAAUCUCAUUCGAGCCGGCAGGGGUUGCUUAUCAUUACCGGAGGUUGGAUCGUUCUAUACUAAAAGCCCAAAACCAUCACCACAACGAGUCUAUGGCCCAAGAACCGUGAAAUCCAUGCUUUCUAGGAUGGAGAAGCAGCCCCAAAAAGCAUGGCCAAAGGACAAAAUAUGGUCUUUCAAGAGCUGCCCAAAUGUUUUUGGUAGUCCGAUGUUAGAUUCAUUGUUAAACAACACUCCUUUAGAUAAAGACUUGGUACAUUGGUUGAAGCAGAGACCGCCUAUUUUCCAAGCUAUGUGGGACCGAUAACGACUCUUAACUUUCAGAAUGUAGCCGUAGAUUCCAUUCCAGAUGGUUAUGGUUUAUAUGAAGAAGCAUUCUGGGCAGGUGAAUCCAGCGGCUUCUUCCAUUCUUAUGUACAGUUCCUUUUUUGCCCUCUUGUAGGUUUUUGUAAUUUGUAAUUCAUUAUUGGGUAGGUGAAGAAGUAUAAGUAAUUUUUUCUCUUUUUUUUUUUCUCUUAGUUAUUACCUCAUUAUAUUAGAAGUGGAAAGGGAACAUAAGAUGAAAAUGUUUGCCUUUGUUGUCAUCUUUUUUGAGGUUCUUACUGAUUUUUGUUAGUCCGAUAGUCUGACUUGUGUAUAUGUUGCUAAUCCUCCUUAUCUUUGUGUUAUUUAUCAUAGCAUAUUUGUGA